AUGGACAAAGCCGGCACCUCAGAGGCUGCGAGCCCCCUGGCAAGCAUCAGUCAGAUCACUGAAGAAACGGCACCCAGUUCUCGGGUGUUUCGCUGUGGCUUUGUACGAUACUGGGUACCCCUGGCCUACAGAGAGGAGCUUUAUCAAGUUCUGCGACUAACGGGACCUCUGCUCAUUACCCGGAUUUUAAACUUCCUUCAGCCUUUUGUCAUCACCAUUUUUGUUGGUCACCUUGGGAAUGCUGAAUUGGCUGGAUACGCACUGGCUUCUGCGACCAUUAAUAUGACCACAGCAGCCCUAGGAAGUGGUCUGGCCUUGACAUGUGACACACUGGUGUCUCAGACAUUUGGCAGUAAAAAUCUGAAGCGUGUUGGCAAGAUUGUGCAGAGGGGUAUCCUGAUCAUGCUGCUCUUCUGCCUGCCAUGCUGGGCCAUCCUUAUCAACUCCGAGUCCAUUCUGUUGCUCUUGCAGCAGGAAGCCAAUGUUGCCAGAAUUGCACAGUUGUAUUUGACUGCAUUCCUGCCUGCAGUUCCUGCCUUUUUCCUGCACCAACUACAGGUUACUUAUCUUCAGAACCAGGGGAUUAUUUUGCCUCAGAUGUACACAGCAGUUGUAUCCAAUGUAUUAAACUUAGCCUUCAACUACAUCCUCAUUUCCUGGAUGGGUCUCGGAGUGAUGGGCUCUGCUAUAGCCAAUUCUGUCUCUGUGUUCUUCAUUGGUCUCCUGCUGUUCGGCUAUAUACACUGGAAAAAACUGCAUGUCAGCACAUGGGGAGGCUGGUCCUUGGCCUCGCUGCAGGAAUGGGACUCCUUCAUGAAGCUCGCCAUUCCAAGUACGUUAAUGCUCUGCUUUGAGUGGUGGAUCUAUGAAAUCGGAGGUUUCCUUGCAGGUAUGCUGGGAGAGGAGGACCUGGCGGCCCAACACGUGCUGCUGGAGCUGGGAACCAUCACGUACAUGUUUCCUCUAGGUGUCCACACAGCAGCGUGUGUUCGAGUGGGCAAUGCUUUAGGGGCAGGAGACACGUCUAGAGCCCUGAUCACCAGUAAAGUGGCCCUGUUGGUCUCAGGAGUUUUAGCACUAUUACAGGGGAUUGUCCUCAGUUCUACAAAAUCAGUCUUGGGCUUCAUCUUUACCAGUGAUAAAGCCAUUGCUAAGAUUGUGUCCGAAAAUUUGACCGUCUAUACUUUCUCACAGUUUGUCGAUGGCCUUGUGUGUGUGAGCUCUGGGAUCCUUCUGGGUUCAGGGAAUCAGAAGAUAGCAGCCAUAGCCAACCUGGUCUCUUACUACUGUAUCGGACUUCCUUUGGGAAUAUUACUCAUGUUUGCUGCCAAGCUGAGGAUUCUCGGUCUGACACUUAGUCUCUUGGUCUGCGUCGUCAUCCAAGCUUGCUUUUUCAUCACUGUCAUCUUUAAACUCGAUUGGCAAAAACUGACAGUGAAGGCCCAGAGACGUGCUGGAAAAACUGGGAAAGUGGAUUGUGUAGGACAGAAGACACAUCUUGGCGUCCCAAUCAUGGACAACAUGAUUCCUGAAGGACCAGAUACCCGUGAGCAAAUACCUGCUGGAGGAACUUCGGUAUCCUCAGUAAACAUUUGCUCUAAACCAAGUACCUACGCUCCAGUGAACACCAAAGAACUGACAAAGAGUGCGAAUGCUCAGGAUGAAGUGGAGGACCGUGAAGCAGGAGAAGUCCAACACAAAGCCCUGCUCUCGGUCCCACAGUUAGUGCUGAGGAGAGGAUUGGCUGUCCUGGCUGCAGUUCUGCUGUUGGCCGCCAGUGUUGUGGUUCACCUCACAUGCCCACUACCACAGCCAUUUGUCCAAUUUAAGAGCAACCUCACCACGGACUGGGGGAACCACACCAACCCUACCGCCUUCCCCAACUCUACAACUACUAACUACCCAACAGUGAGACCAAUCUAA